UGACUUGAUGCACUUUGAUGAAGUGUGCUGUUAUCUGGACGUGUGUAACACGUGUCCUGUAGGGGGCAGCAGUGGGGCUGCAGGGGGCCGGACUCAACUGAACUGAAGGUUUCUCCUGCACUUCACUUCACUUCACAUGUUCAUCUGCACACACACACACACGCUUUUCAAGACUCACCGUGAUCGUGUCUCUCGUGUGUUUCUGCAAUCUGAAGGAUCUGCCUUUUUCAUUCCUCUGAAUAUUUAUGGAUAUAAUGUUCAACUGGGACCGAGAGAUGCACAAGUCCUCUUAACCACAGCAGUGAUACAAUGGGGAAACUUCAGUCGAAACAUGCUUGCAAACGUCGGGAAAAUCCUGAGGGGGAUAGUUUUGUUGCGAACAGCAUUACUUCUAGAAGAGGAGUUGACGAAGGCGAAAGAUAUGACACCGGUCUGAAAGAUUAUAAGGAGCUGAAGGAUGGACAUCGCUGCCCUCUAGAGGUGUCUCUGCCUCCAGAAAAGGCUGAAGGACGUGAGAGUUUUCUGUCGUCUGAAGACGGAGAGAGAGAAGCGCUGAAGGAAACCUGCAAAGGAAAGAAACGCAUCAGUCUCGAUGAUCUGGAGUGUAACGUGUCUCUGGUUGAUGAGAACAGGCAGGAGUGGGUCUUCACGCUCUAUGACUUCGACAACAGCGGAAGAGUCACAAAAGAGGACAUGUCCAGUUUGAUGCACACUAUCUAUGACGUGGUGGACACCUCGGUCAAUCACUCGAGUCACGGCAAACAGAAGACGCUCCGAGUGAAGCUGACGGUGACUCCUGAACACAGAGCUCACCGGAGAGACACCACACACACCACGACCGACAAUCGCUUGAGUCGCAUCGAGUCGGUUCACGCAGAGGACACACACAUCAGAGGUCAGAAUCACUACUGUGUGGACGAGAACACAGAGAGACGAAACCAUUACCUGGAUCUGGCCGGGAUAGAGAACUACAGCUCCAGAUUCGACAGUUCCUCUCCUCCUGGGGUCCAGCAAGAGCAGCCGUCACAGUCUUCACACGAUCAGAGCCGUUCUCGUUCCCAUGAGCCCGAGACACACGCUCAUCAGCGGCGGUCUCAGGUCCUCUCUGACCCCUGCGUGACCCCGGAUCACCGCAUGCGAGGCGGGCCCCAGUCCAUCAGAUCCCCCAAGGGCCCUUCCAGAGGCGGCCAGUCUGUGGCCAGAACCAGCAAGUGCCACAGCUUCUAUCCAGCGGAUGUGUACCAUCUCUCCCAGCAGAGCCAUCUCCAGCCCUCCACGGGUCUCCAGCACAGCCACAGCAAGAGAUCGAGAGCCAGAGCCAGAGAACAGGCGCUGUCGCCCUCCAAACACACCCAAACACAGCAGCCCUCGCCCGUCAGCGAACACAGCGUUCAGCGACACGAACACCAUCAUCAUCACGAACACCAUCAUCAUCACCACUACCACCACUACCAUCAGACGUGAUGCUUUUUUAGCAAUAGCCAAACAUUGUGGAUUUUUCUUUUAUGCCAAAAAUCGUUAAAUAUAUUUUUGUAAAUUCCGUAUUGUAAAUAUAUCAAAACUUUGCAAAAGCAUUGCUAAGAACUUAAUUUGAACAACUUUAAUGAUGCGUCGAUUCUGAGAUUUUCCGAAUGCAUCGCGAGAUUCUCUCUGGAAUCUAUUCUGAGCACAGUUUUUAACAGCAGAUGGCGCUCUACUCUAGUUUUAAUCUGCGCUCUCAAAUGCUAAUGAAGAAGAACGCUUGUGUGUGUAAUUUCACAUCGUCUCAGAAUGCUUUUAUCACGCGAGAUUAAUAUAAACCCACUGUGUUUACAUUCGCUUCAACCUUUUCGAAUUGUAUGAAUGAUUAUUUUAGGUUUGAAUGUGUGUAAGGAUUUGUAAACGAGCAGAGUAUGUCUGUUUCUAAAGCAUGCAGCGCCAUCUGCUGUUCAAAACUGAAAAGACUCAAGAGAGAAUCGCGAUGCAUUCAGAAAAUCGAUGCACGAAUCAAUUUAACAUCGCACACCUAACGAUUAAUCGUUAAAAGAUAGAAAUCUCGAUUCAAACUCACACGCAACGAUAAAUCUUUGAAAAUGUCAUAAUGGAACAUUCAAACUGCAUUCGACACAGAAAGCAUGCAUAUCUAUCCGUUUUACAAACGUCUUUUUAAACACAAAGAAUUAUUUUCUUGUCUUAAAGUCACGCAUAUUAACACAGAAAUACUGGGAUGAAACUUUAUAGCUCGGAUAUAAACAUUGAUGUCUAUAGUUGCAAUCAAAAUCACCUUUAAAUAACAUUUGUGUCGAUUACAGUGUUUCUCCAGUAGGUGGCGACAAGUUUAUCAAGUGUGUUGGAAUGAUUUGAUCAACAAACAGCAUGAAACAUGAUUUUAAAAAGAGCAAAACGAUAUUGAGGAUGCUAGAAUAUAAAUAUAAAUCAAUUAUCAUUAAAA